AUGGGAUUUUUGAGUGGAGUGCUUGAUGCGGUGAAAGAUGAUCCAAGCGUUACAACGUAUUACACUAAGAUGGAUGAAACACUCCAAAAAAUUAAAGACAAUAUGCACAAUCCUGGCGGAUUGUCUGCGGCCGUUGACGCUGUGAGCACGGCGCUGGGGGAGUGGGAUGGAGAAUUAAAUAAAAGAUGCACUGACGUAAAAAACUAUUUUAAUAAUCUAAAUUCUGACAAAUUAACUCAAUUUAAUAAUUCACUUAACGCACUUAAUACAUGUGAGCCUAGUGACGUGGCCGCCCGUUUGGGUGAUUGCAUAGAGAAGGCCAAGGACGUGUCCGACGCCUUCGACUGGGCUGAGGGAGCGUACAAUCAGCUCGACAAAUCGCUUAAAGAUAAGUUGAAAGAUCCCGUAAAUAACAUAAAAGUGCAGGUGAAAUCGUUCGUGGCGGCGGCAAAAAAUGAGGAGUUGAAGACGGUGGUAGAGACGGCGGGGAGGGAGCUCAAGACUCUGGAGACCCAAGUGAUUGCUCACGCUACACAUUGCGUGACUCAGAUGAGAGAGAGUCUUGAUGAGCAAAUGGUUACACUACUUAAAAAUAUAGAUACCGCGAACAACAAAUUGAAGCAGUGGCUGGCAGCGAUGGGAGAAUGGAUUAAUGAAACAAAAACCUUUAUUGCUGAAUUACUGCAGAAACGCGCGGAUGAAAUAUUGUAUGAAGUGAAUGAAGGUGCAGAAACUUGUAAGCGUAAGCAAGUAGCUCAAGCAAUUCAGGUAAAUGAAUUAAAUCUAGAAGGCGCUGUUGAAGACUUGGAGAGAUGGAAACGGGAAGCUAGUGAAGUUGUAAAGAAAGGUCUGUGGAGAUGCCAUGACAUAUUGGAUAGAACAAGUAUGGAUCAAUCGCAGAUAUCGAUUAAGGCUAAGGAAUUACAGGACAAAGCCGUUGAACUCCGAACGGCGGCAAACGCUGCGAUUGAGAACAUUAAGCAACACGUAUCCCAAGCGCUGCAGGCUGUGAAUGAUAUGAAUGAGGAGUUAAAGGGGGAUUUGGGUAAGAUGAAAAACCAACUUAAGCAGGCGUUGGAUGGAUACGUUAGGGGCGAAAUGGCUGGAAAAAUCAAAGACGCACUUGAAGUAGAAACUGAUAGUAUUGCGAAACGAGAUGAGAGUACAGCACUGGCUGGAGGAUUCUUAGAUAAUAUCGUUUCCGGUCUCCACAACUAUGCUAAUGAGUUUAAAGAUGCAUUCCAAGCGACCAUUCAGAGCAUAGUUGAAGGCACAAUAAAGAGUGAGGGUAUGCAGAGUGGUUAUCUUAACUGGUAUGUUGGCGACAAUAAAACGAGUAAUUAUUUCAAGAAUACAAUAGAUGGCCAAUUAAAAAGCGAUAAAGAAAUUCUAGGUAUCAUAACCCAAACUGUUCAAAAAGCAAUUAGCGAUACGAUGAAUGAACAUGUCAAAAAUGUCAACAUCAAAAACCAAAAUGAUGCAGAGAAAAUUUUGGAAGAUAUUAGUGAAUGUCUCACUAUUUUUACAUCCAAUAUUAAUGGUCAGGAGGAUGCCAUAUUGCAGGCGGUGGAGACUGCAUUGAACAAAGUAGAUAAGUGGGUAGACCCCGCUAAAAAGACUAGCCAUAAUAAACGCUACAUAAAUAAAGUCAUCUCAAUCAUACUCGCCGCUGUAAAGUCUGCCGCUACUGAUGCCGCCGGGGAAAUCGGCAGCAUAAUUUUAGACUCCAAUAUCCAAGAGAUGAAGAAAGCGAUUGACGCGGUUAGAAAACUUGGUGAGGAUCUUAAAAAAAAGUUUGUUGUGUCACCCGGAGUCACUACCGCCAACCUUGGGGAUGAUGUGACAAAGCCUAUUCACGAGAAACUAAAUCAAGAAAUAGGGAAUGAAGAUACAGUAGGUGCACGUGCUUUCCCUAGCAGUGGCAAGCUUAAACUCGAAAAGCUUGGGAAUUAUAUACUCCACGUCAAACAAACAUCGGACAUACUGGACGCGCUUAAGAAGGGAGAACUGCAAGGCACUGAAGGUGAUCCAGGCACACUUCCAACUAAAAUUAACUAUAUAAGGAAAGAAGGCCUGAAGACGCUAGAAAGCGGCGGAGACAUAUCUAACAUUCUCAACUCAGGCAAAGGCAUAUUCGAAAACUCGUUCGGAACAAUCAAAAAACAGCUCGGACAGAUAAUUACACUAAUCACUGAAAAGCAAGAUGGGCGCAAGUAUUUCGACGGUUCUCAGGAUAGGAAGAAAGGUGUACAUACGCUGCUGACCGAGCUGAAAAAUGGACUUACUGAAGGUGUUGAAUCUGUUUUUACAAAGGGUUUUGAGGAAAUCAAAAACAACGUUGAAAGGUUGAAAAGCGGUCAUAUUUUGGAUGUUUUGGAGAAACUCAACAGCCUCUGCGAUGCUGUUAAAAAUUCAAGCGAGUUUCUCACAGGGAAUUUGGGUACACUGAAAAAUGAUGUCUUCGACCGCAAGCUAAAAAACUUAAUGCAUGAUCUUCGUGAGCUACAACAAACAAAGUUGGCUCCCUUGAUUGACGAAGCGCAAAGAAUCAGAAAUUCCCUAAACUCACAAUGCAAGCAAUGUAUUUGGGACAUCGAAAUGUUUGUGUCUCAAGAAGUUAACAGAAGUACUAAAGCAAUCCAAAAUGAAGCCCGAAAGCAGUAUAACGCCAAAAUCAGCGAUGUGUUUGAGAAGUUAAAAGCGAUAGUGCAUUACAAAACUGAGGAGAUUAAGAUCGUAAUUGAAAAAGAUAAAAAAACGGGUGUUAAAGGUUUUUUGAGGACGAUAUAUGGAAUCAAGGUGACUGUAAUAACAUUUGCGCUUCCAGAAUUUCAGACGUCGGCGUCAUUGCUUGCACCACUAAAACAAGCAUUCACUAUUAAAAUAUUCAAGGACCUGUCAUCCAAAUUCCAUGCCUACGUAACAAACAUUUUACCGUACAUUGAAGACGAAAUAAAAAUUCCGCCACAGCCUAGGAGUGCGGCAGCCAUAUUUGCUGACACUGAUGAAUCCAAAAAUGUAAAAAAAAUUAAUGAAGAUCUUAACAACUUACUUACUAAUUUAAUUGAUGCAAAACAGUCUAAAAACUAUAAUUACGAUCACCAAUUCACCUCCCUCCUCUCCACCCUCUCCUCCUCCCUCACCUCUCUCCACCCCUCCGCCUUCGCCAACCCCCGGCACCCGGAGCUGCUCGAUGCGGUCAGAGCGGGGCUGCAGGGGUUUGUCGAGCAGAUGGAGCGGGUGUAUGUGAACGGGUAUGAUGGAGGUUCUGAGAACGUUUUAUUGGUAUAUGCAAACACCGAAAAUGUUACAGAAGAAGGAAAAAAUUGCGCCAAAAUAUUUUUGACGGUAUUGGAGACACUGUAUAAUGAUAUGCUGAAAUUAAAAAAAACGUGUGAUGAUUCUAAUAAUAAGCAAAAGCAGAUAAAUCUGCAACAUGGAAAUAAUCUUGGAGUAUUUUUCAAUAUGCGAGGCUACAAAGUGAGUGCGGAUAUAACGAAGCAGGAUGGUCAGCUGAGGAAUAAGCCGGAGUGCACGGGAGCGCAAGUCAGUGAUUUAUGUCACAAUGAAAUUACAAGCGCGGCGGAGGGAACCAAAGAGUUAAUGCAGAAAUUCAAACUCCUUACAGACAAGGGUGCCGUGAAACUUAUCAAUUUACUUGCUUGCCUAAACCACCAUAUGUCGUAUAACUAUUACAGGGCUUGCCAUCUCAUCAACCGCCCAAAUUCUAAACCUCCUACGACAAUAUAUCAAAUGCUGCAAUGGCUGCCAGGACUGAUGUUUAAUCCGAUGUAUGGCAAAGUUACGAGCUACCUUAAGGAACUCUUCCCCAAACCUAAAGCAGAUGAAGACAAGCCGUAUGAAGCUAUAUCCGAUACAUCACUUAGCCUGGAAGGAACUUCGAGUCUUACAGCAAAAAUACUGAAAGACAGGCUUGGGACGGUUUGUGUAUAUUCCCAUGAUACACUUAUGGCCAUCCUCGGUCACGGCCAUUCCAAAGGCCGAUAUGCCUGUGAAUUCUAUAUUAACGCCGAUAAUUUAAAUUAUCCUAGUAAUCCAGCUGCGUGCUUUGACAUGCUUGUGGAUAUAUUGAAUAGGGUGUAUCACCAAUUUCGAUUCUUGUAUAGUCAGUGUCAAAACGGACCGGAAGCCGGAGGUUGGGGUGACUGUCAUUACGGUCAACACGUCGGUGGAUCGUCGUGGACCUGUAAUGAAAAGCAGUGUGCCAUCCAAUUAUGUCCCCAGCUGGCUGAUCAAAAGGCCAAGCAAACGGCUGACCAAAACGAUGACCAAAAGUGCAGCCAACACCCUGUGUGCGGUGUCAAGUCUCCCCUCCAAGCAUACCUCGAAGACGGCCUACAAGGUUUCCUCCCUCAUCACCUUACUAAGGUGGGAUGUGGAGUCAAGUGCUCAGUAGGCAACCACUUUGGCAAGCCGUGUCUAACUCCCAUGGGUUUCGCUGACAUCGGAAUUGCGGCGUCGCAUACGAAAAAAGGUAAGUACAUAAAGCAGGCCCUUUCCGGUUUCUGCGCUUACAAAUCACCCCUCACUCAACUGUGCGCUCAGCUAAACUGUCUCCUGCGGCGAUCACCGCAGACACUUGGUGAAAUGUUCUCUUUCUACCAUAAAUUCCUUAUGAACUGGAACAAUGUGGGUAAGGAGCAUAAGAAGCAGGCAUUUGAAUCGGCAGUAAAAGAAGCCAACUUCGGAAACAUAGAAACAACGUUGGAUGUUGUUUGCAUACAGAUGAGCAAGAAGCACGACAGUCACAGUACUGGUAUACGCAAGCAACCCAAAGGUGAAUUAUUCAGUCUUAUAUCCUGUGAGGAUGACACAAAACCAGGCUUACCCUGCGGUCCAUACUUACAAUCAAUCAGCGACGAUAUAACAACGGUCUUCUCUAAGAAAAACGCUCGCAACUAUUUGUCGUGGGUUGUGUACAUGACCGAAACCUUUUAUGAUCUUCUAGCACAGUUGUAUAAACAGUGCUGCAAUCAGUGUAAUAAGAAGGGUAGCAGAUGCUACGACAAGGGCUGUGACAAAGACUGUCAGGUUCGAUUCAGCUAUGGAUAUGAGGUGUCCAAUGAGCGAGGUUUACCGCAAGGCUUUGAUACUAUUAAACACAGAACCUCCUGCAAUUCCAUAGUUCAGUGCCGCAGUACUCAUGCGCUUAUAUACGCUUGCGGGUUUACGUUCGGCAGCCCAUAUGCAUUACGUGGCGUAAAUGAUAGGAAGUUGAAACGUACAUGUGAAGAUUUCUGCACAGCCUUGGGCAGAGUAAUAAGCGAUGUCGAAGCAGAAGACGCGCCACUCGCUAAAUUAAUCUACGUCACCAUACCUAACUUCCUUUUCCAAAUCCGCGCCCCCUUCAUCUGGCUCAACGUCGCGCUCUGGCUCCUCUCCCUCUUGUACCUCCUCCACAUCAUGGUCAUCCGCCUCGACCUGCUCCACAUCAAAUCGCAUUUGCAUAGUCCCUCAUCACAUCGCAUCGCUGCUCAAUCACUACUUGCUGCUGGACGUGUUAACAAACUUAACAGAGUGUUUUACCUGCAACCAUAA